GUCCCUUGAGGUGAUUUUAGGUCUUUAUCGUUUUAUUAGCGACUUGUCUAGCAUAUUAUUGGGCAUAAAAUACGCGAUCAAUACUUAUCAUAGUUUGGUCCGCACAAAGGUUUUAUCACAUUUUAAAGUGUGUUUGUUUUUUGAUAAUAAAUAUUCGCUUAAACUGCAUUAAUGGUCGUAUAGUAAAAACUAUUUUUGGAAUAGAAUGGUCGAAAAACGUUUGUGACGAAGCAUAAAAUUAGAUACAUUUUACCUUACUAUUUACCGAUUCAUAACUUAGCUGGAUUUAUAUUUAUAUAUACAAAAAUAUUUACAAGUUUUAUUUAGAGGAGCGUCAUAUGUUGGAUAACGUUUCGCACCUGUGUUUUAAGGAUAUAAUAUAAGGUGUAUGAUAAUCCAUUUUUGUUAUCAAGUUUAAGAGGAAUGUUAAGUUUAGAUUUUACAAAUAUAUAGGGCGCAUGUUGUCAACAUUUAAGUGAACAGUUCGUUUAAAUGAAAUGAUAUAAAUGUCAUAUGCGACGAUACAUCAUAAACAGUCAUUGACAUAAACGCUGUCUUUUUAAAGCACUAACAAGACUUUAGAUAGAGAUAUUUUAAAACGUCUGUGUUAUAUCAAAGUGUAAAGAGACGCUAAAGAUAGUGUAAACAAAAAAUGGAAGUAUAAAAUUCAAAAGGGAAACUUGUGACUACAUUAAAGAUCGUUGUAUUGCAAAAGUUUUAGAUCAAGUGAAAUUUGUAGUCAUUAAAAAUGUCUUUUUUAAACUGUGCGGGCAAGAAUAAGAAAAAGGACUCAAAGAAAGGAAAAGCACCACGUGAUCCGAGUCCGGCGUACGGCGCAGCAAAGGAAUUAACUGAAGACGCCACAAUAGUGCCAAGACUGAAUGAUCGCCUUAAGGAGUAUGAGGAGAAAUUCCGCAAACUCGGAGAGGAUCUUAAAGACGAGAAGGAGAAAGUUAGAAAAUUUGAACAACAGGUCACUGAUCUUAAGGCUCAGCUUAAAGCUAAAGUAAAGGAAGAUUCUAAUAAAGUCACUGAAGUAGCUGUAACGUCUUCUAAUAAACUACUUGACGAAGAAAAAGGUGGCCUUGCAGAACAGCUUCAAUCUCUGAAGAAAGAGUUUGAAAACGAAAAGAAAAAAGGCGAAGAAGAAAUAAACAAAGUAUCCGAGGAUUUAAAGAAAGCAAAUAAGGCACUUGAAACGGAAAGAAACACUGGAGAAGCGAAACUGAAGAAGUUGGAAAAUGAGCUGAAGCAGGCAAAAGAGGAAAUCGAGUUGGAGAAACGCGAUAGAGUAAAAAUUGAAGAAGAGAAGGAAAAAUGCAAACGUGAAAAAGAUACAGCUGAAAAUAAGCUUGCGCACACAAAUAAAGAACUAGAAAUUGCCAAAAAAGAAAGUCAUAUACCGAGAAGUCCUACAAGGGCCCCGUCUGAUGAAUGGAAGGCAAAAAUAGAAAACGCGGAAGAAGAAUUAAAGAAAGAGAGGGACCUGAGACUGGAAAAAGAGAGAGAAAAUAGCAGAUUGCUUAGUGAUAAAGAGAUACUCCAAAAGGAGAAAGAGGAACUUCAGAAUGAAGUUGAAAGAAUUAAAGCUGCAAAAGAUGAAGAACUGGAAAACCAAAGAAAAGACUUGGAAAUGAACUAUAAGAAUGAUACACAGAGAUUAGAACAGAUGAUCACAGACAUGAAGGAAUCUUUGAAGCAAGCAGAAGACACAAAAGAGAAACUGCUCGUUAGGUUAAGUACACAAACAGCUGCUCAUGUUUUAGACAACAAUCCGAACGUUUCUGACCUUAGCGAUCCAAACCGACCACAGAAAUUAGGCGAACAUCUCUCUCAGAUAUACGACGACCAAUGGACAGACGCCACUGAAGGUCUCGAAAAACUUGGCAAAAAUGAGGAAGAUAUACUGCAGACGUUACUAGACAUCCUUGUUGCUAUUUAUAACCACUGCAAAGAAUCAGCCGAGAAUCAGUUAGCUCGUAUAGAUGAGGAUUUGUUCUUACCUCCCCUAGAAAAUUCCCCUACAAAUAACGCCGACACAAAUGGUACAGAACAUCUUAGGAGCCCAACUUCUUCCAAACAUUCAAUGUCAAAGAUUCCACGGUUUACAUCCCACAAGGGCAGUAGACCCGCCCUUCCAAACAUUUCCACGGAGAAAAAGACAGUUGAAAAUGAUCAUACUGAUUCCCGGGAAAAAGAUAAACCAAAACGUUCCCUUUCCACCAGUCAGGUGAAAGGAGAAAAAGUACCAGAAAUUCCAACUGAGAUAAGAAAAGGUAUAAAGGAAUACAGGAAGAAAGUGACGAAACAGGUUUGGCCUGUUAUAGAAAAGGAGGUGAUGACUAAACUUCGCAAAAAUGAUCUCUUUGGCGAAGCUGUUGUAGAGGCAUGCACUAAGUAUAUAUCGAAAUGUGUUGAAGUCUGUUGGUUAAUGCGAGUACAGGAUCCACCUGUUACAUUGUACUGGAAUGUCCCGGAUGAUAGAUCGUUUAACUCCGAUGUUUACCGAGCGUAUACGAAAAGUGGCACCCAUGUUGAGUAUGUCGUCUGGCCUGCAAUGUACUUGCACGAAGACGGGCCACUCCUUAUGAAAGGCGUGGCGCAGGGACAAAAAGUAUAAAACAAUAUAAUAUGCAUCAAAUACCAAAAAAAACCAACCACUGUAUCGAAAAUGAGAAAGUGUUCUAUUGUGAUUUAUUGAAAAGGGUUCUUAUUAAAUGUGACGUCAUUACAUAUCAAUGACGUCAUUUUUUAAGUCCAGGGGGUACAUCGAAGAUUUUUCAAUAACGGAUCAAGAUUUGAAGACAAUGACAACUUAGGGGAAUUCGUUGGCAAUUGUAAUUGUUUAUUUGUGUGUACAAAAAUUGAUUUGUACAACAGAAACUGUCUUACAUUUAAAUGGACGUUACCAAUAUGAAAGAGAGUUUGUCAAUGGAAUUGUGUCCCGGUUACAGGUAAAUUAACAUAAUGAUGUAGAUAAUUAUGAUGAUAACUUUAUAAAAUUCCUGUUUUAUUAAGACCUGUCAAUCACCUGGCCGUAUGCAAUAUAGAAUAUAUAUACGAUUAUUUUUAGAAGCAUCUUUAAAUGAUACACUAAUUAAGUAUUACUUUUAGCUAGUUGUUGAGAUACAUCAAUCUGGGAAUGUUAUACAUCGAAGCUUUUAUUCUAGAAUGGUUUUUACUGUGCAAUAUCAUCCGAUGUCUCUAACUAUGCAGCCUCGUUUUGGUUAAAGUAUGUUUAUGAUAAUAUAAUGUUUUUGAUGAACAGGUACAUUUUAAUAAUGUAAAUAUGAUAGUUGGUAAAAUGUCAGUUCACUUAAAUAUCGCUUGAAUAAAUGCAGUUUGACAACGAAAAUGCAUUUUGUAAAUAGAUUGAUUAUGCUUAAGCCCUGCAUUUGCAUAGCUUUACUAGUGGUUCAUAAAAAAACAUGUAAUCAUUGGCUAAAAUUUCCUGAAUGAUAUCAAAGGAUUGCUGAAGGGUCCAUAGAUAAAAUACACUCAAUCUUCGGCUAAUUAUUUAUGAAUAUUGUGGCUAAUUAUUUAUUCAUAAUAUGCCUUCAAUCCAGUGAGUAGUUAAUGUAUAUCUACGCUGCAUUCUUGCUAUUGCUAAUGAGUUAUAUAUCACAGCCCGACAUUUGAUUCAUUAAACUUGUGCCAUUUCAUUUAGCGCCGGUUACCGAGGGGCCAAUUUCUAUCACAUUUUGACGUUUGGGUAAAUGUUUUGACUACUUGAUAUAGAAAAACAUUAGUUCUUAUUUUAUAUCUUCCCUUAUUUUACUCAGGAGUCUGUAAACUAAUAUUUUAACAAUGUGAUUUUACCGAUUUACCGUCAGCCUGUUGCAACCAAAAGCGACGAACCUUAGAGCUAGGCCAGCCUGCAUUUAGUCUGAAAAGGCUCGAUACUGUUGGCAGCUCAGGUUUUGUUUUAGUAUUUGAAUGGACUGUUCCAGAGUCAAAACAGGGAAAGUCCAUUAAUAAUCAGGUUUAUAAAAAAAAAUAUUAUAUUUGGAAACUUACCACAUAUUAAAUAAGCAUCGAUAUGACAUUGUGAUCAUGAGAUAGUGACGAAACUCGCCGAAUGUUAACGAAUGUUUCCGAACAAUAAUGGCUGCACCCAUUUUAGUUUUGAAAGAAGAUAAGCAUUGCAAAUAAUGUGGUUUUUAGCCUCUGUAUAUAAUAUGUAUUAUUAAAAUAUUUGAAUAUUUUUCUUUUAUAAUUUUUUUUAUUAUAUGAUUUGAAAAUUAUCUUUUAUUUUAACAUAUCCUAUUCCUAUAUCGCCGAAUCAAAAUAAAUAUAUUUAUACAUGUACUAUUAUUGUGCUAAACGUAUGAUAUUCGCUUCGAAUACAUUCCGAUAAUUGAAUUGAAAUACCAUAUAAAAUGACGUCAUUAUGUAAAUAUAUCAAUUUGCAUUUAUGUUUUUAUUCAUAUAACUUGCUUGUUAUAAUAUAACACUAUUUGUAAUAAAGAAUGAGUAAUA